AGAAUGCAGGCCUGGGGGACAGGAGGAGUCCUGGAGGAGGAGGGAGAAAGAGAGACUGAAGAGGGAUUUAGUGGGUGGGCUGUACCCCCCAAGGGGGGACAGCAAAGCCCGAUGGGUCAGAAGGGCCACAAAGACUCCCUUUACCCUUGCGGAAGGACUUCUGUGAGCAGCCUCCAUGAGGCCCUGGACCAGUGCAUGACCGCCCUGGACCUCUUCCUCACCAACCAGUUCUCAGAAGCACUCAGCUACCUCAAGCCCAGAACCAAGGAGAGCAUGUACCACUCGCUGACGUAUGCCACCAUCCUGGAGAUGCAGGCCAUGAUGACCUUUGACCCUCAGGACAUCCUACUUGCCGGCAACAUGAUGAAGGAGGCGCAGUUGCUGUGUCAGAGGCACCGGAGGAAGUCUUCCGUAACAGAUUCCUUCAGCAACCUGGUGCACCGCCCCACUCUGGGCCAGUUCACAGAAGAGGAAAUCCACGCUGAGGUCUGCUACGCAGAGUGCCUGCUGCAGAGAGCAGCCCUGACCUUCCUGCAGGAUGAGAACAUGGUGAGCUUCAUCAAAGGCGGCAUCAGAGUUCGAAACAGCUACCAGACCUACAAGGAGCUGGACAGCCUCGUCCAGUCUUCACAGUACUGCAAGGGCGAGAACCACAGGCACUUCGAAGGAGGGGUGAAGCUCGGUGUAGGGGCCUUCAACCUGACGCUGUCCAUGCUCCCUACGAGGAUCCUGCGGCUGCUGGAGUUUGUGGGGUUUUCAGGAGACAAGGACUACGGGCUGCUGCAGCUGGAGGAGGGCGCGUCAGGGCACAGCUUCCGCGCCGUGCUCUGUGUCAUGCUGCUGCUGUGCUACCACACUUUCCUCACCUUUGUGCUCGGUACUGGGAAUGUCAACAUUGAGGAGGCAGAGAAGCUCCUGAAGCCCUACUUGAAUCGAUACCCUAAGGGCGCCAUCUUCCUAUUCUUUGCGGGGCGGAUUGAAGUCAUUAAAGGCAAUGUUGACGCAGCCAUCCGGCGGUUCGAGGAAUGCUGUGAGGCCCAGCAGCACUGGAAGCAGUUCCACCACAUGUGCUACUGGGAGCUGAUGUGGUGCUUCACCUACAAGGGCCAGUGGAAGAUGGCCUACUUCUACGCCGACCUGCUCAGCAAGGAGAACUCCUGGUCCAAGGCCACCUACAUCUACAUGAAGGCCGCCUACCUCAGCAUGUUUGGGAAGGAGGACUACAAGCCUUUCGGGGAUGACGAAGUGGAGUUAUUUAGAGCUGUGCCAGGCCUGAAGCUCAAGAUUGCUGGGAAAUCUCUGCCCACAGAGAAGUUUGCCAUCCGGAAGUCCAGACGCUACCUCUCCUCCAACCCUAUCUCCUUGCCAGUCCCUGCUCUGGAAAUGAUGUACAUCUGGAAUGGCUAUGCUGUGAUUGGGAAGCAGCCGGAACUCACAGAUGGGAUCCUUGAGAUUAUCACCAAAGCUGAAGAGAUGCUGGAAAAAGGCCCAGAGAAUGAAUACUCAGUGGAUGACGAGUGCUUGGUGAAACUGUUGAAAGGCCUGUGUCUGAAAUACCUGGGCCGUGUCCAAGAGGCCGAGGAGAAUUUCAGGAUCAUAUCUGCCAAUGAAAAGAAGAUUAAAUAUGACCACUACUUGAUCCCAAAUGCCCUGCUGGAGCUGGCCCUGCUGUUUAUGGAGCAAGGCAGAAAUGAAGAGGCCAUCAAACUCCUGGAAUCUGCCAACACACUUCAACUUAACCAUUUGCCUGGAAGCAAAAUCAGGUACACAGUAAAAAAUAUACAUCUGUGAAAACGCGGCUCCCCAAAUGGAUGAAUGCAAUGUCUAGAAGAGAUAAACUACAGUCAACUUUUCCAGUCUUCCAGCAUUGCUGUAUUCAGCAAACACGAGCAUCUGCCAGGGCCCGGGUAAACAUAUUAAAAUAUAGUCAACCCUAGGAGUGAUACUGAAUGAAGUCGUGGGUUUUAGGCAAAACAUAUUCUCAUUAGGAAAAAGAAGCAAAAAACCCUCAUCCAAGAUCAUCUUUUGAACUGAGUACUGUCACAGUAGAAAUGCUAUGAAAUAAAUCGCUCUCAUUUUGUCAGAGCUAGACAAAAAAAAAAAGACAAAAACCAAAAAAUGCUCUCCAUAGAAAAUGAUUGCUUUACAAGCUCUCUGUUUUCCAAAGCCUGGAUUCUGAGUAAGACAAGGUGAGGAGGCGAUUAGAAACAGGCUGUGGAAGGAGGGUGGGCUUUUGUGGCUUCCCCACACGUUAGGAUGCUGCCUGCUGCUGUAUCAAAGCAGCAUAGAACACAGGAUGUUACUAAACAUGUAAUUUGAAAAUUUUCAGUUUACAAAAGACUUCCUUCAUUACAACAUUCAUUUCAGGUGCUUCUGCUUUCCACCUGCAACUUCUGAGAUUAUCUAUCAAAAACAUUUAUGUCAAGAAGAGUAAAAAACAUUGAGUUUCUAACACCAACAUAUCCUAUGCAGGGAGCUUUGAAAGUGAAAAUUCCAUCAUGGGUGUCUUGAGUUAUUUCUGGUCAUUGCUUCUUUAAUAGUGCAGAACUUCCCAGCACAUCUGCCCUGGAGAGGCAGCUGACCAGGUGGACAGUUUUGGCCUGGAAAUAUGGAGACCUGAAUUCUAGUCCUGACUUUGCUACUGAUUUUCAGGUUGACCUUGAGCAAGUCACAGAUCCUCUAAAAAUUAGCAGUUUGGACUGUAUUAAGGCUCUUUCCUGUUCUCUACAGUUUCUGUUUCUGGGUUUUCAUCUUCAAAAUGAGGCAACAGAUAUACCUCCCUACCUUUCUGUCAAAGCCUUGUGUCCCCAAGCAGUCCAGCCAAAAAUAAUAGGCUUCCUUAAACAGGGGCUCUACAGUGUCCUGGACACCCAGAGAGCAAGUAAUUCUCAUUUAGACAAAGUGUAAAUCCUGUACCACACAAACUCAGUUGUUAGGGAAGUAGCAAGAGUGUAACAUAAUCAGAACAGACCCUGGGCAAUGGGCAGUCUACCUCAGCCUCUCACUGGUUACAGGCCCUCAGACUGGCAGGGAGCCUUCUAGUAGCAUGUGGGUCCCUAUCAGCUCUCCCAUAUGUUGGCAGGUUUCCCUAUUACUUAUCUCUUGAGUCAGAAUGGGAGAGUUUCCAAGGCAGUUAUCGUCAUUCACAGCAAAAAGCCAUGACCUGCUAUCAAAGCCAGGACCCUAAAAGGCCAACAUCUACCCAAGAUUUGGCUGCAGUCCAGCUGGGAGAUUCCAGCAACUGAAGAAUGGCACUAGGUUUUCAGAAAGCCCAAGCCUGCUCAGUGCUAGAAACAUUCAACAAGGUAAUCAAAUCCAGGCAGUUUUCUCUGAAGUUACUCCCAAGUUCAUUUCUUAUAAGAUGAUUGGGAGUUGGUAAUAGUCUUUUUCGUGUUUGCUUCCAAUUUAAAGCCUAACAGGGUCCUUUUACAACAACUAUUUCCUUGUGUUCUUAGUUUCAUCACACUAAUUCAGUAAUAAAUGAGUUGUCUGGAUUCCAAAAUCCAAGCAGCAAAUAGGAACUUC